ACUCCUGGUACGGACAUGAGACCACGAUUUCAGAGGAUCUAUAUCUGCUUGGAUGCUUGUAAACGGAGUUUCAUGGUGUGCAGACCCAUGAUCGGCCUUGAUGGAUGCUUCAUCAAGACUCCAUAUGGGGGUCAACUUCUAACAGCCAUUGGAUGGGACCCCAAUGAUCAGAUUCUGCCAAUUGCCUAUGCUGUUGUUGAAGCAGAGACGAAAGACUCGUGGAGAUGGUUUUUGUUGAAUCUGUGUGAUGAUUUGGGAGUUGAUAAGAUCAGAUGGUGUACAUUCAUGAGCGACCAACAAAAGGGAUUGAUCCCAACCUUUGAUGAGUUGCUGCCUGGCAUAGACCACAGGUUUUGUGUCAGGCACUUAUAUAGCAACUUCAGAAAAAGGUUCCCAGGUGUUCAGCUAAAGAUGAUGAUGUGGAAGGCUGCAAAGGCAACAUAUGUCCAGGACUAGGAGAGGAGGAUGAAGGAGAUUCAGCAGGUUGAUCAAGGAGCUUAUAAUCAUCUCAUGGAGAUCCCUGCCAAGUAUUGGAGCAAGUCCAGGUUUAAUUAUUUUCCUAGAGUUGAUACACUUGUUAACAACAUGUGUGAGUGUUUUAACUCUGUUAUUGUAGAGGCUAGAGAGAAACCCAUUGUGUCUAUGCUAGAAGAUAUUAG